AUGCGCCAAGCCAUCCUCCUCACUGCCCUUCUUCUGGCAUGCGCGACAACGACCUUCGCCGCCAACGACCCUGUGCUGUACAAUGCGAUUGCUGCAGCCAACAAGAUUUUCAUGUCCCUGUUUGCGCAAGGCAACGGUGCCGCAAUCGGACAGCUGUACACUCCGGAUGCACAUUUGCUUCCCCCAGGCGCACCCACGAUCGAGGGUCAGGCAAAUAUCGGCAACUUUUUUGCUGGCGCUCACGCGUCAGGCGUUGCCCAGGCCGUGUUUGACAUUGUCGAGGUUGGCUACCUUCACGGCGAUGCGCUGGCGUACGAGCGUUCGAACUACACAUUCUACUCGUCGACCGGCUCUGUCCUUGAUGUUGGCAAGUAUGUCGUCAUCUGGCGCAAUGUCACGGGCCACAUGUAUCUGUACACCGACAUUUUCAACUCGAACAAUGCGUAA